AUGGCAGUGAGCUCGAUCAAGAACUCGAUCGAGUCGAGUUUCGAACAAACGAACUCGAUCGAGCUGGGGACUGAAUGCAAGGAGCAAGCUCAAGGAGAUUGGUCUGAGCUCAAGGCGCCUAAAGUCGACCUCAAACCUUUGCCUGAGGGCCUCAGGUAUGCAUUUCUGGGUGAAAACUCAACUUACCCUGUCAUUGUGAACUCUGAUUUGGAACCUGAACAGUUGAGUGCUUUGCUUGUUGAAUUGAGGAAGUACAGAAAAGCAAUAGGUUACACUCUAGAUGAUAUCAAGGGGAUCUCCCCUGACCUAUGCAUCCAUAGGAUUCAUCUAGAGGAUGAAAGUAAGUCAAGCAUUGAACCUCAAAGGAGAUUGAACCCCAAUCUAAAGGAAGUAGUGAAGAAAGAGAUACUCAAGUUGCUUGAUGCUGGGAUAAUCUAUCCCAUCAGUGAUAGCACUUGGAUAUCUCCAGUUCAUUGCGUCCCAAAGAAAGGGGGGAUCACUGUCAUUAAAAAUGACAAAGAGGAGCUGAUUCCCACUAGAACAAUAGUGGGGCAUCGCAUGUGUAUUGACUAUAGGAAGUUAAAUUCAGCAUCUAGAAAGGAUCAUUUCCCUCUCCCUUUCAUUGAUCAGAUGUUAGAAAGAUUGGCAAACCACCCUUUUUAUUGUUUUCUUGAUGGUUACAGUGGUUUCUUCCAAAUCCCGAUCCACCCUAAUGAUCAGGAGAAGACCACUUUCACAUGCCCUUAUGGUACCUUUGCUUAUCGAAGGAUGCCAUUUGGGCUGUGCAAUGCCCCAGCUACUUUCCAGAGAUGCAUGACCUCCAUUUUUUCAGAUCUGAUAGAGGAGAUGGUAGAAGUCUUCAUGGACGAUUUCUCAGUCUAUGGAGCAUCCUUCUCCUCAUGUUUGUCUAACUUGUGCAGGGUGUUGCAGAGGUGUGAGGAGACAAAUCUAGUACUCAACUGGGAGAAGUGCCACUUCAUGGUUCGAGAAGGGAUUGUGCUUGGACACAAGAUUUCCGAGAAAGGGAUCGAGCUCGAUCGAGCUAAGGUGGAUGUCAUGUUGCAGCUUCCUGUUCCCAAGACUGUGAAGGACAUCAGGAGUUUUCUGGGUCAUGCAGGGUUCUACAGAAGAUUCAUCAAGGAUUUCUCAAAGAUAGCAAGACCCUUGACAAGGCUUCUGUGCAAGGAGACAGAUUUUGAGUUUGAUGAAGAAUGCCACAAGUCUUGGACCUUGCUGAAGGAUGCUCUGGUAUCUGCCCCAAUAGUUCAAGCUCCAAACUGGGAUCACCCAUUUGAGAUUAUGUGUGAUGCAUCUGACUAUGCAGUAGGAGCAGUGCUUGGCCAAAAGAUAGACAAGAAACUCAAUGUCAUCUACUAUGCAAGCAAGACUAUGGAUGAUGCUCAAUGCAAGUAUGCAACCACAGAGAAGGAGCUCCUUGCCAUCGUCUUUGCCUUUGAGAAAUUUCGAAGCUAUAUAGUUGGGUCCAAGGUGAUUGUGCACACUGACCAUGCUGCCCUUAGGCACAUCUUUGCUAAGAAAGAUACAAAGCCAAGACUUCUCAGAUGGAUCCUUUUGCUUCAAGAGUUUGACAUAGAAGUUGUGGACAAAAAGGGAGUAGAGAAUGGAGUUGCUGAUCAUCUCUCUAGGAUGCGAGUUGAAGACAUGAUCCCCAUCAAUGAUUCUAUGCCUGAAGAACAGCUUAUGGCAAUCAUGAUCUUGAAGGAGAGUUUUGAUGAGAAAGUCAGGCUGGAAGAAGUUAAGGCUCUGCGUGAUGAGAAUUUGCCAUGGUAUGCUGAUAUAGUGAACUUCAUGGUGUCUGGAGAAGUCCCUAGUAGUUUUGAUGCUUACAAGAGGAAGAAGUUCUUCAAGGAUGCUAGGCACUACUAUUGGGAUGAGCCUUACUUGUACAAGAGAGGACCAGACAGCAUUUACAGGAGAUGCAUAGCUGAAGAGGAUGUACAAGGAGUUCUAGAGCAUUGCCAUGGGUCAGCUUAUGGAGGUCACUUUGCUACAUUCAAAACAGCAACUAAGGUUUUGCAAUCUGGUUUAUGGUGGCCUACUUUUUAA